AUGGGGCCUAAACUUUAUGGAGAUGCUUUAGACCAAUUCGGUAAGACUUUAGGUCUUUUAUACAAGAGUUCUACUUUCAAAUACAUUAGAACUUAGAACUCCUGCAUAAUAAACUUUUUUAUAACAAAAUUUCUGUAUAACGAACAACUUUUAAAUCCAUAUCCAACCUUAUAAACCCAUAAUUAUCCAUUUCAGUUACCCACUACAUAGACCACGCUGUAGAAGACAGUGAAAACAUCAACGACUCAUUAAGCAAGUUAUUGGUAAGGAAAACCUCUCAUUAUCAAACCUUCAAUUUUUAGAUUGUAAGCCGCAAACUUAUCGUCAAAACAAUAAAAAACAUUGAAAAAGUUAGAAACGCAACCACAACAGUGUCAAAUACAAAGAUCGCAAUAGACUUUCCAAACUUGACCCGCUGGAACGUACCAAGAUUUGUCCAACAAGCCUACUCGCAUUUGCUAACCUGGAGCGCAGUUAAAAUGCUAGACCUCAACUCAGAUAUUGUGCGAAGUUUAAGAGAAAUUACUAAAGAAAUACGUGACUUAACUAUAGCUGUAAAACCUCAAGAUGUAAAUAUAACGGUUGUCCCUUUGAUAAAAGAUAACAUUAAAACUAUGAAAAGAAUAGAAGCGCCCUUUACAAUCGGAAGUUUCAUCAAAGAUAUUGACCUAGACUUGGACGAGUUAGUUGUUACUAAACCACGUAAGUUUUACUGGCAACCCGAUUUAAUCUUACUUGAUAAUACUUUUUGUAAAGCAUGAUAACAUAGAGAACCUAUAAAAAGACUAACAGUAAAUUAACAAGCCCACAAUGACUUUAAUUUCAACGAUUUUAAAAAGCUUAAUAAUCAAAUUUCAGCCGACCUCAGUCUAGUCGACGGAGUUCUCGAAGUCGACGAAGAAAUGGAGGCCUUGUUCGACGAACGCUUCAACAUUGACUACCUUUUCAUCAAAUCCAAGAAGAUAUCGUACAAGGGCCAUGCUAUCUGUAAACUCAUACAAGCAAGCGUACCCUUCAUCUAUAACAGUAAUAACAAACCUAACGUGAGACAUCUAUCCGUGGACGUGGAAACCGAUAUGGACUACAAUAUGGCCUACAUUCUUACCGUGCGUUUAGAAUCAGUUAUGGUGUUGGACAUAUGCACGUACUAUACAAACGACACGCAUUCUUUCGACAUAACCAAAUCCCUAUUGGAAAACCAACGUCCUGGGAUGGUUGUCAACCGUGUGUAUCGUGGAUCUGUUGAAAAUGUGUCGUUCUUGAUACCGUCCCUUUAA